AAUGUCUUUAGACAUACUUUCUGUAAUCUGUGGUAUAGUGAACUAGAGAAAAAAAUAUUUUUUAUUAGGUACCUAAUUGAAGUUUGUCUUUUUAGUGUACCCAUUAAAUUAGGUUUAAAUAUAGUCGUCUAUUCUUUCAUUACAUUUUAAAAUGAUGUAUCGCAUGAAGAAUAUCAUAAAAUAUGACGAUCAGCUGUCAUUGCCUAAAUGCAUGUAUCGCAUAAAAAAUCCAAACGAUGCUUUACAAGCAGACGAUUGUGAUAUUAAUAUCAGUGACCAGGUUAUCAAGCUUCUUAAGGCACAGAUUCCAAACAAGAAAAUGGCUGAAUUGGAAAAGCGACAAGAUCUGCUGCUAAAAAAACUGGAUAUACUCUAUGAUAGAAUUAAAACUAUUAGUGCAUAUUGCAACUAUAAUGGACAAGAUGGUAAAAUAAGAAAGAAGCAGGAUCCUAUACAACCAGAAGAAAUUGUUUUGGUUAUCAGUCCUGAUAAUUUACCUUGGUAUUUGAAAUUAAUACUUGCACAAUCCAAUAUUGCUCUUAGAAUUACAUGGCACAUUCAUUCAUCUGUGCCUAAUGAAAAAGUCCCAAAAAUAACAGGAUUUGUAAAAAAUUUGCAAAUACAGAGAUUUUUAAAUAAUACUAACAUUACUGUAAGGCUGAUAUUCAAAUGUGUUUCAGCUGAUACUGAAUUGAAAUUAUCACCUUUGGCCGUGCCAAUAAUUGGAAAUGUGAAUGUACUGAGAUAUUUGUCAUUGGUUUUCCCAUCUGUUGUACUUUAUGACUAUGAAGAUCAUAUUGUGGAUGGACUUCUAGACAUUUGUCAUACAUUAGAAAGGACUCCAGAAAAGAACAGAGAGACUCUAAUUAUCAGAUUAUUUUCACAGUGUAAAAAUUGGAUAUAUAAAGAUGAAUGUUCAAUUAUUGAUCUAGCUACAUAUAAUAUUGUUAGGCAAUGGAAAAAUAUUCCAAAAUCAGUGCCAAAAUUGUGGUAUGAAAACUGCAAUAAACUUUGCUCGUCUUUGUAAAAUAAAAGAUGUAUAACAACUGAA